AUGAUGAGCUUUUAUGAACAUCCCUGUGGCACGAUCUCAACCAUCGCCCACAUAAUCCAAUGUGUUAGUUCGAUUAUCGUCCUCGGAAUCACAGCCUGGGCAGUCACCAACACGAAUACGUUGACGGUGAUUUUCACAUUGGUCAUUUCUGUCAUAACCCCCGUCGUUUACGCCAUAGCCCUCAGCACGAGCUGCAUCGCCAAUCGUCGUAGAUGGCAUGUUCUCCCACUACUCUUUUCUGAUGCAAUAAUUUCUUACCUCUGGCUCACGUCUUUCAUCUUCCUGGCCUUGGACUUCAACCAUGUCAGUUGCAGCGUGCAUCGCUGGAACGGGGAGGUUGUCUGCAGUCGGAAGUAUGCUGCCGAGGCAUUCAGUUUCAUUGCAUUCUUCAUGACCAUGGGAGCUGGCUUAUUUGAGAUCUUGUAUAUCUACUUCCCUAAGGAAGACUCGCAGCCUAUGGAGCAAAGAGUCCCAGAGGAAAGACUUCAGGAGAACCUGCAAACUGCCGGUGUGCUUCAUUGA